AUGACAGCCCAAAAUACCUCAACAGGCCCAAGUGAGGACCAGCGUGCCUCGUUAACCUCCCGAGUCAUCCCAGUGAUGAAACUAUCCGAGGGCGCCAACCCACUUACGCGCCCUCUUCCCACCGUCCCAUUCACAUCUGCGCGCGAGCGUGCCGAAGCGCGAUUCCAAGUCCUAGGCAAUGCCGUCGUAACAGGCGGAGCAGGCGUCCUCGGCCUCAUUUCCGCCCAAGCCCUUCUCGAGCACGGACUAUCCUCACUCUGCAUCAUGGAUCUGCCGCAGACUCUCGAGACUUCAAAGCCGCAGAUUGAAUCACUUGCAUCGAAGUUCCCCGACGCGAUAAUCACGAAGAUACCCUUGGAUGUCACCUCGACAGAGUCGAUCCAAUGCGCAUUCGGUCAAGCAAAGCAGCUCAUGGGCGGUAUUGAUGUUCUUUGCUGCUUUGCUGGAAUCCCAGGUUGUCAGCCCUCGCUGACAGUGACGCCUGAUCAAUGGAAUAGGGUGAUGGAUGUCAAUCUGAAUGGAUCGUUCUUCUGUGCGCAAGCAGCAGCUAAAGUGAUGGAAGAGUCGGGUAAAGGCGGAUCCAUCCUUCUCACGGCCUCCAUGUCGGCGCAUUAUACCAACUUUCCCCAACCGCAGGCUGCAUAUAACGCGAGUAAGGCCGGUAUUGCCCAUCUGACUCGCAACCUUGCUGCCGAGUGGGCUAUACAUGGGAUUAGAGUGAACAGCAUUAGCCCCGGGUAUAUGGAUACCAUUCUCAAUGCUGGGGAUGGGUUGGCGGAUGUUAGAAAGGUUUGGGAUUCCCGUUGCCCAAUGGGCCGGAUGGGAGACCCUGAGGAGAUCACCGGCGCUGUGGUUUUGUUGUGUAGCCAACGCGCCGGUCGGUAUAUCACCGGUGCGGACAUUAUUGUUGAUGGUGGUACUUUGACGCUGUGA